CAUUAUUAUCUUUAUCUUCAUCGUUAUUAUCAUUAUUACCAUUACCUUUAUCACUAUUACUAUUGUUAUUAUUAAUAUUCGUAGUAUCAUUAUUGUUAGUAUAAUUAUUAUCACAUGAUUACACAGUGAUAGAUAAUCAUGUACUUAGUUCUUGAGUAACUAUUACCUUUUUCAGGACUGUAUUCGUGCUGGGGAAAACACUGAAUGCAACACUGCAAGGUUUGGUCGAGGAAGAGAUUCAGACAUACGAUGACAUCAUACAGAGCAAUUUUAUUGAUUCUUACAGGAAUCUCACUUACAAGUCCAUGUCCUGGCUCUCCUGGGUACGGGACUGGUGCCCGGAGGUGCCCUUCGUAGUCAAGACAGACGACGACGUCUUGGUAAACCCGUUCCACCUGAAGACCUACCUGGCCAAAGAGCUCGAGAGAAAUGCGGCUCCGAGCGACAUCUACGGGAGAGUCCGGGCCAGGAACAAGCCGAUGAGGAAGGGCAAGUGGAACGUGACGAAG